UAAAGUUCCAUUCCCAAAAUUUGACUCACCCCACUACUCCUCAUCACAAUCAACAUCACCAAUUUCUGCUUGUUUUCCUCCUUUUUUUAAAGAAAAGAAAAAUUCUUCACUUUUAAAGAUCAAGAAAUAGGACUCCCUAUAUCUUUCAAAAUGGGAUUCACAGACUUUGUCAAUGAUGCUGGUCUUACCAGUAAGCUUCCUCCCCCGCCAUGAUAGACAUAGUCUCUAUCAAAAGAAUUUUGGAAACCGCAGAAAUUGACAUUACUUAGUACUCAACGGUUGGUUAGAGACUCGUUCAUACAUCGUUGGGUAUGUAUUUCUAUUUGUUCCCGACUUUUAUCCAUUUUCAUUCCUCUCUGCGAGACAAUAUCUGCGAUGUGUCUAUUUGCGCAUUAGUACCCCUCCUCGAACAAUCUCCAAUAUGAUGAGCAACAUUGGUCCGUGUUACUGAGCGGCCUCAAGAACCGCGUUAUGGCGAUAUACCAAGCACUUUGUGCAUCUCUGAUUCCUCUAUUUUCACUACAAUCAAUUGUUUUUCACAUGAUAGGAAGAAAACUAACCAGAAAUCAUAGAUAUUCCCCAAGUCAAGCUGAUGUCGCCGUCUUCAAGGCUCAGUCAUCCGCCCCAGAUGCCGCAAAAUUCCCUCACGCUGCUAGAUGGUACAAGCACAUCAACACCUGGACCGAGGAAUUUGCUACCCUUCCAGGUGAUGCCUCCAAGGAAUAUACUACAUACGGCCCAGAGAAGACUGAGGCUACCUUGAACCCAGCAAAGGCCCCAGCUGCCGAGGAAGAGGAUGAUGAUGAGGUUGAUCUUUUCGGAAGCGAUGACGAAGAAGAAGAUGCGGAGGCUGUCAGAAUCAGAGAAGAGCGUUUGGCCGAGUACAAGAAGAAGAAGGAGGGCAAGAGCAAGCCUGCUGCCAAGUCUGUUGUCACUAUGGAUGUCAAGCCAUGGGGUGAGUCUGGGAUUCGACUUAAAUGGUGAAAAUAAUACUAACCGAUUUACAGAUGAUGAGACCGACAUGGUGGCAUUGGAGGCUGCCGUUCGUAGUGUUGAGAAGGACGGCCUCGUCUGGGGUGCUUCCAAACUCGUGGCUGUUGGUUUCGGUAUCAAGAAAUUGCAGAUUAACUUGGUCAUUGAGGAUGACAAGGUUGGUCUUGAUGACUUGCAAGAGGAGCUUGCUGAGUUCGAUGAUUACAUUCAAUCUUCCGAUAUUGUAAGCUGCCCUCCCUUGACUAUAUUGAUAAUGGCUAAUAAAUAUAGGCUGCCAUGCAAAAGCUGUAAAGCGUCAUUGUGACUUAAGUUUUACUUUCGAUUCGUGCUCCGUCCCUGUUCCUGAAAUGAUUUCACGCUGUCUAUGGGGGUUUUGACUACGACCAGUCAAUAGAUUAUUAUGAGAAAAAAUAAGUUUUACGAAAUGAUGAUAAUCAUGGACUGGGAUAGAAUUGAAUUACAAAAAUCAUAACAAAUACAUAAAUUUCAUAUGCAGAUUAU